UUAUCUAAAUAUCUCAAAAGUGAUUAAUAAAAGAUGUUUAUGUGUAGAUACCUCCCAAAACCCAACUUACCAAAAAUAUUGACAUAAGUAUUACAAAAGAAUCAAAUCUAAAAUAUCUUAUUACAUAUUCAAUCUUUAAUUCCAUGUUUUACAAAAUAUUUAUAAUAUGUAUGACAGAAUUUGGUGUUUCAUGAGACAAAAAUACUGUUUUGACUGGGUAACACUAAGCCCGUAUUUCGAAAAUGUUUGGUAACUCUAAACAUGAUUGUCAAGUAUUGUCAAAAAACCCAAUCCAAUCAAAAGCAGAUCUAAUAAAUUUUAUUAUAAAAUUUGUAAUAUAAAUACACAAUGUUAUUAUAAAGAAUUAUGAAACAAAUGUGAGAUACACACAAAGGUUAUUAGAAGCAACAGCAGUAGAAGAUAGGAUGGAGCGGUGACGGGCGCGGCGGCGAGCGCGCCAUGGAGGGCGACGCGGUGGGCCAGGCGGACGCCGUGCUGCUGGCGCCGCUCUCCGAGGAUACCUUCCUGCACAAUCUGCAUGUUCGAUACAAGAGGGAUAUUAUUUAUACAUAUGUGGGCAACGCGCUUAUAUCAGUGAACCCAUGCCGCGCGCUGCCGCUGUACUCGGCGGAGCUGGUGCGCGCGUACCUCGCCCGCCCGCCCUACACGCUCCCGCCGCACAUAUACGCGAUAACAGCGACGGCAUAUCGGUGGGUGCGUGAUAGAAAUGAGAGCCAAUGCAUUGUCAUAACUGGCGAGAGCGGGUCGGGCAAGACGGAGGCGGCGCGCGUGUGCCUGCAGUGCGCGGCCGUGGCGGGCGGCGGCGGCGCGGCGGGCGGCGAGCGGGCGGGCGCGCUCACCGCCGCCGGCACGCUGCUCGAGGCCUUCGGCAACGCCGCCACCACGCGCAACCACAACGCCAGCAGAUUCGGAAAACUGUUGGAGAUAGAAUUUGACUUCAAAGGCGAGCCGGUUGGAGGACACAUAACGCACUACCUUUUGGAAAAGGACCGAGCGUGCAGCGUGUCGGAGGGCGAGCGUAACUUCCACGUGUUGUACCAGCUGCUGGCCGGCGCCGAUGUGCAUCUACUCAAGCGCCUGCGGCUGCAGCGCGCGUGGGAGCACUACCGCAUCCUGCGCGCGGAGCCCGAGCCCCCCGCCGGCGCCUCCCCGCGCCGCGCCCCGCCCGCGCCCGCCGCCGCCGCGCUGCACGCGCCGCCGCCGCACGCGCAGGACAAGGAACACUUCGCAUUCACCAAGGCGGCGAUGGCGACGCUUGGGUUCAGCGGCGGCGAGUGCGGCGCUGUGCUUCGGCUGCUCGCAUUUAUGCUCAAGCUGGGCAACGUGCAGUUCGAGCCCCAGCACAACAUCGACGGCACCAUUGGCGUGCGCAUCAACCAACAAUAUGAGCUGACGGAGGCGUGCGCGCUGGUGGGCGUGGACGCGGACGCGCUCGCCGCCGCACUCGCCGCGCCCAGGGACGCGAGACGGCAGCCUGCCGACGACGAGGAGGGUGAAGAAGGCGUCGGCGAGGAGUGCGAAGGCGAGGUGCCCGCGGAACAGGCGGACGAGGCGGAGGCGGGCAGCGCGGAGUGGGCGAGCGCGCUGCGGGACCGGCUGGUGUGCGCGCUGUACUCGCGGCUGUUCACGUGGCUCAUCACCGCCGUCAACGAGGCGCUGCACCCGCGCGCCGCCGGCAAGCGCUGCUCGCUCGGCAUCCUCGACGCCUACGGGUUCGAACGCCUCGCGCGCAACGGCCUCGAGCGCCUGCUCAUCAACUACGCCGCCGAGCGCGUGCAGGCCGCCGUCACCGGCGCCACCCUGCGCCGCGAGCAGGAGGAGUACGCGCGCGAGGGGCUCAGCUGGCGCCCGCUGCGCUACUUCGACCACGAGGCGCAUGCGGAUUUAUUGGAUGCGGGUCCGGACAGCGUGCUGGGUGCGCUGCGGGAGGCGCGGAGUGACACUGCUUUCUUACAGCGCCUGCAACGGCGUCGCCACCCACGUCUGCUCGUGCAGCCGCCCGACAAAUUUCAGGUGGCGCACUUCGGUGGCGCGGUGACGUACAGCGCGCGCGGCAUCGUGGAGAAGAACCUGGACGCGGUGUGUCGGCGCUGCGGGUCGGCGCUGGCGGGCGCGCGCGAGCCUCUCCUGGCGGCGCUGUUCGCGGCGGGGCAGUCGCCGCGGCGGCCGGCCGCGCUGGCGUGUCGGCAGCGGGCGCUGGUGGCGGCGCUAGUGCGGCGGCUCAACGCGCCGCGCCUCGUGCGCUGUCUGCGCCCCGACGCCGCGCUGCGCCCGCACCGCUUCGACGCGCCGCUGCUGCGGCACCAGAUACGCACCCAGGGCAUAAUGGACAUGGCGUUGUUGCGUCGCGCGGGCUGGUGCGAGUCGAUGUGUGCGCGGGUGCUGCUGGCGCGGUACGGCCCGCUGCGGGGCGGCGCGGGAGGGUCGGGCGCGGAGUCUGCGUCGGCGUCGCCCCGCGCCUCUCCCGCGCCCCGCGACUGCCCCGUGCGCGCCGCCCGGGCAUUACUUCGCACGUUACCCAUCCCUAGCGCCGAAUUCGCGUACGGACGCACCAGGGUGUUCAUCCGGAGCCCACGGACUGUAUGGGAACUAGAGGCGCUACGGUCCGCGCGAGUGGAAGAGUUAGUAGUGCGAGUGCAGCGCGCGUGGCGACGGUACCGCGCGCGCAAACACGCCGCCGUGCGACGACACGCGCAGCGCAUACUGGCACGCGCCUGGAGAGCUUACAGGUCGCAGCGGCGGCACGCGGGCGGCGGCGAGCGGGCGCGCGCGGCGCAGGUGGUGUGGCGCGCGUGGUGCGUGUGGGCGCGGCGGCGGUACCUGGCGCGGCUGUGGCGGCGGCUGCCGGCGCGCCACCUGUCGCCCGCGUGCGCCGCGUGGCCGCCGUGCCCGCAGCCGCGCCUGCUCGCACGCGCCGACGCGCUGCUGCGCCGACUGCACCACGCCUGGCGCUGUCGCCUCUAUCGCGCCGCGUUCGACCAGACCGCCAGGAACAGGAUGCGCGAAAAGGUGACGGCGAGCGUGUUGUUCAAGGACCGCAAGGCGAAUUAUGCGCGCAGCGUGGCGCACCCGUUCGUGGGGGACUACGUGCGCCUGCGCGCGUCGGCGGCGUGGCGGCGCGGGCUGGGCGCGGGGCCCGCCGACCGCUACGUGGUGUUCGCGGACGUGGUGGGCAAGGUGGCGCGCAGCAGCGGCCGCGUGUCGCGGUGCCUGGCGGUGGUGUCCACGGCGGCGCUGGUGCUGCUGGAGCCGCGUUCGCUGCGACUCAAGCGUCGUGUGCCUGCGCAUCAAGUCUACAGGCUGUCGCUCUCACCCUUUGAUGACGAUCUGCUCGUUGUGCACGUGCGAGCGUGCGGCGGAGCGGAGAGUUCUGCGGACGAGCUGUCGCAGUGCUCGUCGCGGGACGCGCCCGACGCGCCCGGCUGUCUGUUCGGGGGCGAAGGCGCGUGGCGACGGCGCGGCGAUGUGGUGAUGCGCACCUGCCACGUGCUGGAGCUCGCCACCAAGCUGUUCCUCGUGGUGCAAAAUGCGGUGGGCGCGCCGCCACACGUCAACAUCGCUAGCGAAUUCGAAGCGAACUUCGGGCAGCAGCUGGUGACGGUGUCGUUCCACGCGGUGGGCGGCGAGGGCGGCGGCGCGCGCCUCAUGCGGCGCGGCUCGCGCAUGGACGUGCUGCUCUGAUGCCGCGCGCCACACUAGUCUAACACCGAGGUGUUCUUAAUUUUAUAGGAUAACCCCAUAAUGUAGGAACUAUCAUACUGUAGCUAGAUAAAUAAUUCAAUUGACUCUAGUUAGUGAGUUACGGACGAGCGGCCGCGUGCCCGCGCGUCGGCUGUUGCCGUUGGCCGGAUGUUAUACCCGAGGGGUCCACGUGUACUGCACAAAGUAUCGGCGUGGCGACUACCACAUAUUGUUAAUGCGAUUGCACCGGCGUCGGUGACCGCGCGGCCUCCAUGUGGCACUUACUGUUCGCAUAUUUAAAUAACAGCCAUAUUUGCUAGACUAACUUUAAUAAUUUUUUAACGCGAACGAAUCAUAAUGAACAAAAACGAUUUUAAGUAUCAUGUAUCUAUGGAUACCAGCCUCAGGUCACCCUCAUGCCGGUGCUGUUAACCUGCGAAGGUUACUUUAAUUUUUCUACAUACUUUUUUGCCUCAAAAGUUCACUCAAAUGAUGACAUGAUGUAAAGUGAUCUUUUCAGAUCCGCACGUUAAUCGCAAAA